UCCCGAAUUCCUCGAAUUCCUUCAAACGCGAUCGAUCGAUCGCGUUCUUCUAACCCUUGGAGGAAUCAAGCUAUUUCUUAUUUAUUUUCUUCGAUCUAUUCUUUAAAUCAAAAAAAUCUCUUUCCAUCGAUCUAAUUUGGGGCUUCUAUCUGGUAAAGCUUGAUUCUUUUGGCCCAGUUGCUUAAUUUUCCAGUAUUCCAUCUCUCUUUUGUGCGAAUUUGUUUGUCUUUAAAGCUCCUAAUUUCUCCUUAAUCUCUACUGUGAACUUCAGCUUUUAGUCUGGUCUAAACUUUUGCUAGUUAAGGUGUUUUCUGAAUUAUUAAAUGGCACGAGAAAGUUGCAACCUUGGUAACGACGAGGCUGAGAUCCUCACGCCCUCUUCUCCUUCUCCUUCUUCUUCUACCACUCCGCAAAACCCUAGCUCCCCAUCAGCACCACCUUCGCAGCCUGUUCCACAACAGCAACCAUCUUGUUUAUUGUUGAAACCUUCUCAGGAUUUCUUAGGUCAAAGGUCUGAGAGGCCAGAAAUUGUGGCAGCUGUUGUCAAGGUUUCUUCCCUGAUAAAAUCGGAGGAAGUUUCUCGGCAACCAGCUCUUUGUGGCCACCGUUGCUCGACUUGCCGGAGAAGGCUUGGUCUCACCGGAUUCCGGUGCCGAUGUGGUGAUCUAUUCUGUGGUCGGCACCGGUAUUCUGAUACUCAUGAUUGUUCUUUUGAUUACAAGGCUGCAGGUAGAGAGGAGAUCUCUAAGGCAAACCCUGUGAUCAGAGCUGCUAAGAUUAUCAAGAUCUAAGUCUCAUAUUCUUAGCUUCAGUAUGAUGAAUGUGAAAUGUGAAAGAUUUGCUUGGAAAAAUCCACUUGGAGGAGGAUGAACUUUCCCAGAAGCAGAAACCAAAAUUCUAUCAUCAACUUAGGCUUUGCUUUGGACAGCUUUUUUAUUGUUUCUUAAAGCAACUUUUUAGUAUAAAAUUAAAAUUUGUAUAUUAAAAAACUACUGCUUUAAAAAACAGUAAGAAAACUGUUCCAAACGAAACUUUAAUUGAUGGAUGGAUCAAAGCAGCUUCAGGAGACUGCAAAUAAUUCUCUCUCUGCUUGAAUGCAUGAUUAGUUUAAUUAUAUGUAUAACUAAGCUUCAUGUUUGAGUCAUAUUAUUCUUUCUCAAGUAAUUGUAAUGGGUGAAAAGCACUGUUUCUUCUUGUUGGUUUUCCAUAUUAUUUGCAAUCUUAUUUAGUUGCCAAGUCUGCAAUUUGAUCAAA